AUGAGAUCUCUUUUAAUAUUAUUAAGAUGGAAUUCAGCAUUAAUCAUUGGGGAAGUGUUAUGUUUAUCACAAUUUGAAUAUUAAGUUUCCAUUUGGAUAAUUCUUGCAUCAAUCAUUAUUUUAAGAUUAAGUGAAAAUUUUUUCAAAGUAUGAAUAAUCAUAUUUUUAGAAAAGAAUAAAGUAUUUCUUUAUUUUGAGACAGCAAAUUCUUGUUACAAUUAUUAAAAUCUUUUUAUUGUUGAUUCUAAUCUUCACAGUCUUAUGUGAAUUAUAUUUUUAUUUUAUGAUAGUCAACUAAACUAAUUUAGUAAUUUAUCAUAAUUAUUCUAGAUUGUUUCAUAUAGUGGGGCAAUAUUAAUUGAUGUCCUUCUUAUCGAUAUUAUUAUUUUUAGCGCGAAUAGAUUUUUAGGGGAAAAUAAAAAGAAGAAUAUAAGAAAAAGAAUAAAAGAACUCAAAUAACUUACUAAUAUUUAAAAAGAGAAAGAAUGA